GCGCCGGGGCAGCUCCCACCGGAGGCGCCGGGGAUAUGGAGCGGACCUGAGCGAGGGGCGGUGGAGCCCUCACCGGGACCGGCACCGGCGGCAGCACUGAUAGUGGGGACCGGGACCCAGAGCUGCAGCGCGGCGGAACCGAUGUCCAUGAGGAGCCCCGUUUCUCCCCACCUGGAGCUGGAUGGAGCAGGCAGCAUGGUGAACUGCACCAUCAAGACAGAGGAGAAGAAGGGGGGCUAUGAAUCCCCUCCAGGGGCUGCCCCCAGCACUGACCCCCAUCCCAAUGACCCACCAGGGCCACUGCUGAAGGAGGUGGACCCCCAGGCCCUGCCACAGGAGUCCCACUCACCUGCUGGUGAUGCUCUGGAGCCCAGGCACUCUGCCUUUGAGCCAGCUGUCAGCAGCCAGGAGAAGCUGGACUUCAAUAGGAACCUGAAGGAGGUGAUGCCAACCAUCGAGAAGUUACUGUCCAGUGACUGGAAGGAGAGGCUGCUGGGGAGAAACACUGCUGAGAACAAGGAUGUGAAAGGCACCCAGGAGAGCCUGGCAGAGAAGGAGCUCCAGUUGCUUGUGAUGAUCAACCAACUGUCCACACUGAGGGACCAGCUCCUGACAGCCCACUCGGAGCAGAAGAACAUGGCUGCCAUGCUCUUUGAGAAGCAGCAGCAGCAGAUGGAGCUGGCACGGCAGCAGCAAGAGCAGAUUGCCAAGCAGCGCAGCAGCUCAUCCAGCAGCAGCACAAAAUCAAACCUGCUGCAGCAGCAGAUCCAGCAGGUCAACAUGCCCUAUGUCAUGAUUCCUGCCUUCACCCCCAGCCACCAACCUCUCCCUGUCCCUUCCGACUCCCAGUUAGCACUGCCCAUGCCAGCCCUCCCCUGCAAACCAGUGGAAUUAUUCCUGUGCAAGCUGCUGCACAGCCCCACUCCCCCCACGCUGAAGAGACCCCCCGGCUCGGGCCACCUCCAGAUGCAGGAGACUUCGCAGCCGCUGAACCUGACGGCCAAACCCAAAGGUUCUGACCUCCCCCAGUGCCUCCCAGCUCGCCCAGUGUUGAAGCUGAGCAGCUGCCAGUCCCUUACACCAAGUCAUGGGACCACCAGGGACCUGCAGAGCAGCCCAUCCAACCUGCCUCUGGGGUUCCUGGGUGAAGGCGAUGCCAUCACCAAAGCCAUCCAGGAAGCCCGGCAGCUGCUGCAUGGCCACAGCGGAGCCAUGGAGGCCCUGAGCAACCCCUACCGCAAGGACCACCUUGGGAUAGAUUCAUCCCCAGUUAAGGAGCGGAUGGAGGAGACUCCUUCCCACAGGCUGGACGAGGCUCUGCUGACCUGUGAGAUGGAUGGCUCAAGGCACUUCCCAGAGUCCAGGAACAACAAACCACAUCAAGAGACCAUGAAUGCCUUCAUGGUGUGGGCCAAGGACGAGAGGAGGAAGAUUUUGCAGGCUUUCCCAGACAUGCACACUCCAGCAUCAGCAAAAUCCCUCGGCUCCCGUUGGAAAUCCAUGACCAACCAGGAGAAACAACCCUACUACGAAGAGCAAGCCCGGCUGAGCCGGCAGCACCUGGAGAAAUAUCCCGAUUACAAGUACAAACCCCGACCCAAACGCACAUGCAUCGUGGAGGGGAAGCGGCUGCGGGUGGGGGAGUACAAAGCGCUGAUGAGGACCCGGCGGCAGGAUGCCCGGCAGGGUUAUCUGAUCGGGUCCCAGGGCAGCGCGCUACCGCCCCGCCUCUUCCUCUUCUUCCUCUCCUCCUCCGAGAUUCUGUACCAGAGGGCGGUGGGCGUGCAGCACCCCCCUUUACUGGAGCAUUACUUGCCGCGGGGGGGGGACCCAACGAUGCCCGUCAUUGUCAACACCCGCAGCCUUGAAGGACGGGGAGGGAGGGGAGGAUGGGGCCGAGGGGGACUGUACCGGUACAGCGAGGAGGAGGAGGAGGAUUCCGAAGGGGAGGAGAAGAGCGAUGGAGAGUUUGGUGGUGCUGACGGAGCUGAGGAGGGUUCUGGGGGGGUGGUUGGGGGUGUGGGGUGGGGAAGGAGGGGGUGGUGCACCAAAAAAGGAGGUGACAGCGUCAUCCCCGCCCUCGGUGGGAUGAGACUCGGCAAGGACGCACUGGAGCAGAGAGGAGGUGGUGCUGCUGGCUUAGCCCAUGAGGUGGGCACCUAG